AUGGCGUCCAAGACACCCGCGUCUCUCAUCCAAGUACCAGAGUGCUUCGCUAUCGUCGAGCCGGGCGUGUAUCGCUGUGCCUCACCCACGAGCUCACAGGUCCCCUUCCUCCAGAGUCUGGGUCUACGCACGAUAAUCAGCCUCACGCCCGAACACCCUGCCCGCCAACUGGUCCUCUUUGUCCGCGCCUCGGGAGUUGAAUUUGUUCAUCUGGGGAGUGCGUUGUUCCAGCCUCAGAACGAUUGGCGGCCUCUCAACGAUGAGAUAGUCAAGUCUGCGCUUGAGAUGAUCCUCGACGUGCGCUCGCACCCUGUGCUUGUGAUUGAUCCACUUGGGAUCCACCAGACGGGAGUCGUGUUUGGGUGUCUCCGCAUGUUGCAGGGGUGGAACUUUGCCAGUGCGCUGUCCGAGUAUCGCGCGCAUUCUGGGCCUACAAAGCACAGAUACUGCGACGAGACUUAUAUCGAGUUUUUUGAUCCCGACCUCAUAAACCUUCCACCGAAUCACGAUCUGCCGGCUUGGUGGUACGAGGCCGACGGAGCGGACGACGGGUGGGUCGAAGUCGACCCGCCACCCAAGGAGAAGAAGAAGAAGGACAAGGAUAAGGGAAAGGAGGGCAAGGAGGGAGAGGAGGAGAAAGUGAAGGAGGCCAAGGAGGAGACCUUCGACACGGCCAAGAGCAGCCGCGCACUAGAGGGUAAUGGCGACGCGCACGCAAACGGCGCACAUCGACACGGUGCCGACGGCGGCGUGGGGUAG